AUGGUUGUUCUUCCUUGUGCAGCUUCUCUUGCCUCAGUUGCCCCUCCUCCGACUCAAGUUGCUGCACUGGUUCUGCUCCCCCCGCUGCCUCCCCCACUGCCUCCCCCACUGCCUCCCCCGCUGCCUCCCCCACUGCCUCCCCCACUCCCUCCCCCACUUUCCCCUCCGCUCCUCCCCCAACCGCCACUGCCUGUAACCCCUUUCAUCCUACACUUUCUUGCCCGCUCUUCCCUCCGCUCCUCGCACCGUCAUCGCUCUCCCCCUCCUCUCCUUGUACCCUCCCCACCGCCUCGGCACCAGCAGCGGGAAGAGAUGUUGCUGAGAGAAGGGAGAAAGGGGUGCGCAGGGGGUGGAGUGUGGUUGGACGGGUGA